UUGUAGGUGGCGCUGUCCAGCUCGACAGUUGAUAGAUUUAAUAAUUUUUGUUUUUAUUUACCACAUCAUUAAUUUAUUUGUAUCUUAUCUAAUAUUUCUCACUGAAACGUGUCCAAAGUAACCUCGGGACACGUUUCACGCGCUUCUAUUGUCUCUGGUCAUCUCAUCACCGAUUUCAUAUUCUUUACCAUGUUAAUAAUUGUUUGUUUCGUUAUUCUGUACAUUGCCUUGUUGGGUAUUUUUCUUACUAUUAAACUAAACUCAACGGGUAAACCAAAGAUAAUUGUCCAUGAAGAUGAAAGAUAUUACCUAGAUCCAGUCACAGAAGAACGUUUACCUUUUCCUCCGUUAAUGAGUGACAAGGAGAAGGAAAUACCAUCUAAAAGUGAAAAAUAUUUAUCUGUUAUUAUUCCAGCUUAUAACGAGGAGCUUCGGUUACCUUCUAUGUUGGAUGAGGCUCUCGAUUAUUUAGAGAGACGAUCAAAUGAAACAAUCAAUCAGUCAUCUAAAGUAGACUCUAAAGUGAAAGAUGUUGGCACAUCAGAUGUUACAUGGAGUUGUCCUAAAGGGGAAAAGUUCACAUACGAGAUUAUUAUUGUUGACGAUGGUUCUCGUGAUAAAACAACACAAAUUGCUCUCCAAUAUUCACGUAAAUAUGGGACAGAUAAAGUGAGAGUUCUGACAGCAACCAAAAAUCGAGGUAAAGGAGGAGCAGUUCGUUUAGGUGUCCUCUCUGCCCGAGGAAAAUUGAUAUUGUUUGCAGAUGCUGACGGCGCAACUAAAUUUGGUGAUAUUGAAAAAUUGGAAAAUUAUUUGUACCAAUCGACAGACAAUGAGGUCGACUUAAUCAAUUCCAUUGCAAUUGGAUCCAGAGCUCACCUAGAACGACAAGCUAUGGCCAGUAGAUCUAUUUUUAGAACUAUUUUGAUGCUUGGUUUCCAUUUUGUGGUUUGGUUUUUCACAGUACGUAGUGUUAAAGACACACAAUGUGGAUUCAAAAUGUUUGGUCGAAACAUUGCUCGUAUUCUUUUCAAUUACAUGCAUGUGGAAAAAUGGGCUUUCGAUGUUGAACUGCUUUACCUUGCUGAAAGGAUUAAUUGUAAUAUCGGUGAAACGGCAGUCAAUUGGACCGAAAUUGACGGAUCAAAGAUUGUACCAGUAUUCAGUUGGUUACAAAUGGGAAAAGAUGUACUGAGUAUUUGUAUGAUGUAUACCAUUGGAGCUUGGACAUUCCCCGUGAUCAAGGAUAAAGAUAUUAAAGAGAAAACGUUUUAGGUUAAAUAAUUUUUGUAUGACGAUGAAUUUUCCAAAACUGUUUUUAUCGAGAUGCGAAAAUGAUUAACGAUUUAAUAAAUACAUCUUGUUUAAUCUUUGUCUUUUAAAA